CUUCUCAUAUCCGAUCUCAAUUGUAGUGAUACUCAUUAUUCUUCUUGAUUAUAGAACAACACAACUUCUGUAAUUAUCACUUUCAUUGAGAGACAGUGAAGAUGGUCAUGAGAAUAUUAACAUUUCUGGUAGUUUUGUGUGUUGUUCCGGCGAUGGUUGCAGCCAUUCGCCCGAACAAGAACCCUUUUUGCGUCAAGGGUCGUGUUUACUGUGACCCUUGUCGUGCCGGUUUUGAGACUCCGGCUACCGCCUACAUUGCCGGUGCGGAGGUUCUUUUGCAAUGCAAGGACAAUCUCACCAGUGACAUUGUGUACAGCAAGAAAGCAAGGACUGACUCAUCAGGAGCAUACAAGAUCUUCGUUGAUGAGAAACUGACAGAUCAUAUUUGUGAUGCCAGACUGUUGAGCAGUCCUUUACAUGACUGCAAAGAAGCCACCCCUGGCCGCCACCAAUUCCAUGUCAUUCUCAACCGCUUUAACGGCAUCACCACCGGUGAUAGGUUUGUUAACAAUAUGGGUUUCAUGAAGGAGGAGGUUGCAUCUGGUUGCCCUGAGAAUAUCAGCAAGUUCCAAGAGUUCAAUAGAGAAUCCAUGUCAGUAAAUCUUGCCAGAUCAGUUUCUGAUUUUUAAUUGGAACAUUUGGGUGCUCCUGAUUUGUAGUUAAUUUAAUUUUUUUUUUUUCUUAAUUGCACUUUUUUCACCGAUAGUUUAGACUAUCUUUUAUUUUAGUCUGCUAAUAAUGUAUCCAAUAAAUUAAAUCUCUCUACUCUCUUAUCAUUAAUUCAUUAUUGUUCUAUU